AUGGAGGAUUACCAUAUCAUCAUGUUCAACACCUCCGAGCUGGGACACAACCUCGUACCGACGCCGACAAGCGGUAACAGCGGCCCGACAUCGACAUCUGGAGGAGGUGGGAUCGGCGGAUUCUGGACGAGCCUUGUUUCAGAAGCUACCGCCGCGGUGGGCGCCAUCGAGAGCGAGCUGGCUAGUAUUGAGAAUGACAUCGCCGACGAGUUAGCCAAAGCCCUUGGCAUCAAGGAGUUCUACUCGCUACACAUCAUGGAUGCUUGUGAGGGCUAUUUCAAGCCAAAUGCAACUACUCCGCACGCUGGUUACAAUGUCACCAACUGCACAGAGCCGAUGGAUACUUCUUAUCUCAACGUCUCUGCCCUGCUCGACGAGGAACUGCGCGUUGGACCAUUUGAAAUCUCUCUGAACGAUCUAGGCUUCUCUGAUGACCUCCAGGAGAAGCUUGAUGAGGUUCCCAAGCUCUUCAUGGCCAUGAGCGUCCUCUAUAUUCUUGGAGCUGGCUUUUCAGGGUUGUCUUUGCUGGGAUCUCUUGCAGCACUAUUUAUGCUCCCACAGUCUGGUCGGAUACUCGUGCUUGUCAAUUUCACCCUCACAUUUCUCGCGAUGGUAUGCCUCCUCGCCGGAAAUCUGGCGACAACCAUCGGCGGGAAGAAGGUUGUCGACGCAGUAGCUGAUUUUGGGGACGAUAUUGGCCUAUACGCUUCCAGAGGAGAUAAGUUCAUGGCACUCGUCUGGACUGCGUUUGCACUUAUGGCUGUCAGCACGAUCUACUGGGGUUACGAGUUCUUCGCAGAGACACGAAUGCGAAGAGGUGGAGUUCAGAGGCGCGUCAAAGAGGAGCGAUACUCGAUGGAUUCCUAUCCACGCGGUGCCCGCCACUGA